AUUAACUGCCGAAAUGGACUAUAUAGCUAUUCCCUUCGGUCUGACAAACGCCCUUGCAGGUUUUCAGAUGACCAUGAACCAGAUCUUCAGCUCGCUCAUAGAUAACUGUGUUAUAGUCUACCUUGACGAUAUACUGAUCUGUAGCGAGAUCCGGCAGCAGCACUUAAAGGACCUCGAAGCAGUUUUCACGCUAUUGCAGGAGCAUCGCCUGCUCACGAAGGGGUCCAAGUGCAAGUUUUUAAAAGAAAGCUUAGAAAUUCUAGAAAGGGACUGAGUACAGGUGGGGGAGAAAGAGCAAGCUA